AUGGACGAACUGGGCGUGGACCUAACCUUUGAUGUGGAUUGGGCAUUAGGAGAAAUCUUUAACGACGACGGUAAUGCUGAUGUAGGCGGAGUAGGUCCACAGAAUGAAGUUCCUAUCCAGGAAGAAGACUGGGGUCUGCACAAUUUCUUCCAAGCUGACAUGGAAGUUGACCCAGCUGACUUUGCUGGUCAAAAUCUAGCAGUUCCGCCGCACAAUGAGGUUCUUGAAGUUCCGGCGGGGAACGAUGCAUGGAAUCUUGAUAUUUUCUUUGACCACGAACAUCCUGCUGCUCCAAAUCAUCUUCAUAUUCCCCCCGGUCCCGGAGUUGAACUCCCCCAGCCGGGCAUUGACGUGGACCCAGCUAACUUUUCAGGCCAAAUUCUUGCAGUUCCGCCGCAAAAUGAGAUUCUUGAAGUUCCGGCGGCGGAGGAAGAUUGGAACCUUGAUAUUUUGUUUGGCCACCCACACCCUGCACUUCCAAAUCUUGAUAUUCAGGGUCAGCCCGGGGCCGCCGGUAAUGAAAUGCCUGCGGAUGAAGAGUGGAACUUGGGAGAGUUGUUUGCCGGGAAUGAGUUUCCGUCCCCAAAUAUUGGAGUUCAGGGAGUCGCCCCCGCCGGCGGCCUCAUUCCACUUGACCCGCUUAUUUUCAUACCUUGGAUUACCGACGUCCUACACCAUCUGGGUGCUGCUGCAAAUCAGGGUGACCAAGGUCCCCCCUUGCCGGUGGUGGAUCCAGUCGAAUUCUUGGAGUGGAUCAAUAGUGAUCACCCGGAACUUGCCGCCAUGGUUGGGCAAGGAGCCGGAAUGAAUGUCCCUGGCGGUUACAAUUUCCUUGACCCAGAAGUAAUCCAGUCAUGGAUUCACGAGUACAAUGCGGAACAGCAGCCGGCAGCCCAUGCGGCCCCCUUGCCAGUAGUAGAAGCCACGGUGCCGGCAGAUGAACAGGGAGCUGGUGGUGGUGGUGCUGCUCCCGGCGCCGGCGGGGUAGUCGCGCUGCUGAUGAAUGAAGAAGAAGGUGGUGAUGAAGCCUUGACUGCCGUUGCCGCUCAAGCUGCCGCCAACGUUGGGACUGACGUCGAGACUUAUGUUCAGAACUUCAUUCAAGAUCUGCUGCCGCCGGAGGCGUAA